AUAUAACCUCGCCUCUCGCACCGAUCGUCGCCGUCCCUCUACAGCCUCUCAUCAAACACUCACACCAACAAUGCCAGGCGCACGGGGCCCCGUGCCCGUGCCUGCACAGGCCAAUGGCACCUCCGACCUCACCAGCAACAUCCUCCACAGCCUCGAACAGCACCCGCAACUCGACACACAGGAAGCCUUCCCGCAAACCUCACAGGCCGAGAUCAAGGCAGCGCUCGAUCGUCUCGCCAGUCGCCGGAUGGUGGCGUACGAAGCAAAAGACAAAGAACUCGUCGUCUUGACCGAGGAGGGCCAACAGAUUAGCGACGAGGGAUCGCACGAGUGGAAGGUGUGGGAGGCGGUGAAGAGCAAAGGGCGGAUACCGAUCAAGGAGAUUGAGAAGAUUGUCGGGCCGAGUGCGAAGGUUGGGCAGGGAAACGCUUUCAAGUUGAAGUGGAUUAAGAAGGAUGGGGAUGCGCUUGUGCCCGUGGCGGAGAAUGUGACGGACACCACGAGGGAAUUGUUACAGCACGUUGGCGCACACCACGAAUUCCCGGAUCCCAAGCAGUUGAAGGACUAUCAGAAGCGGAAACUGGUCACCACCAAGAAAGACAUUACAUACACCGUGCGGAAAGGGGCGAAAUGGGCGCUGCAAAUCCCCGUCGAAGUCACCGAUCUGACUGUAGAGAUGCUGCAGGAUGGAUCGUGGGAGUCGGCCAACUUCAAGCCCUACAACUUCCAAGCAGCCGGUGAGCCCCAGCAUGCCGGCGCCCUACAUCCCCUCAACAAAGUGCGCGAGGAGUUCCGCAAGAUCUUCUUCAGCCAAGACUUCAUCGAAAUGCCCACCGGCCGCUUCGUCGACUCCGGCUUCUGGAACUUCGACGCCCUCUUCGUCCCGCAGCAGCACCCCGCUCGCGACCUCCAAGACACCUUCUACGUCUCCGACCCCGCAGAAGCAGGCGAGCCCGGCCCCGACCCCGCCGCCGACGCCGCCCUCACCGAGAUGGAAGCCGACAGCCAAAUGUACACCCACCCGGACGGCGCCGACAGCACCAAGCUCAACUACGCACAGUACGUCAAGAACGUGCGCGCCGUGCACCAAGAUGGCGCCUUCGGCUCGACGGGCUACCGAUACCCCUACUCCGACGCGGAAACGCGGCGCCUCGUCAUGCGCACCCACACCACCGCCGUCUCGGCCUAUUGCCUGCACCGCCUAGCCAGCAACCCGCGGCCGGCGCGCUACUUCUCCAUCGACCGCGUGUUCCGCAACGAAAGCGUCGACGCCACCCAUCUCGCCGAGUUCCACCAAAUCGAAGGCGUCAUUGCCGACUACGGCCUCACGCUCGGCGGCCUCAUGGACUUCCUAGGCAAGUUCUUCACCAAGCUCGGCAUCUCCGACUUGCGCUUCAAGCCGGCGUACAACCCCUACACCGAGCCGAGUAUGGAGGUUUUCGGGUACCAUCAUGGCCUGGCCAAGUGGGUGGAGAUUGGGAACAGUGGCAUGUUCCGGCCGGAGAUGCUGCUUGCCAUGGGUUUGCCGGAGGGGCUGAGGUGUUAUGGGUUCGGGCUGAGCUUGGAGCGGCCGACGAUGAUCAAGUAUGGCGUGAACAAUAUUCGCAAGUUGCUGGGGCAUAAGGUGGAUGUGGGCUUCAUUGAGUCGAAUGCGGCGGUGCGGCUUGAUAAGGAUUGAGAGGGGCUUAAUUUGAUUCGCUUUGAUUUUCACGCAUGGCCUGUAGGCUUUGGAAGGAUUGAUGACAGUGAAUGCAUCCGGCCUCUUCCAAUAGCAAGUCGUGGGUGAGUGUGGAGAAGCUCAUGCAUGCACCCCACAAAAUGCACGUCACAGCCAUUGGCAUCGUCCAUAGCUUGCUCGGAAAACAAAUACGACGUC